AUGGCGACGACUAGCGUCCUGGAAGCUAUCAAGGUCAUAGACCUGGUAGAGAUAAUCCCUAAGUAUGAAGGAGAAUCGGCGAAACUAGAUGGAUUUAUAGGGACAGUAGAACAGGUCCUCAAUCUGAUAAAGGGAGAAGAGAGGUCAAACAUAGGAGUGAUCGCACUCGGAGCGAUAAGGAGCAAGAUUGUAGGAGCAGCAGAUAAAGUCCUAGAUUUGGAUGAUUCGGAGCUAAAUUGGGACCAGAUAAAGAAGAUAUUGAUUACCCAUUUCAAAGACAAGAGAUCUGAACAGGAUUUGAUUAUGGAAUUAACACAUAUUAAGGAAAAGAAGUUGGAAUUAGAGGCCUUGUACACCAAAGUUAUGACCCUAAAGAAAGCCCUAGUGAGCCAGGCCAAGUCCAAGGAGCAAGGCAUGUUGUUGAGGGGCGAAAAGACCAAAUGGUAUGAGGAUAUGGCCUUAAACGCCUUUGUGUCAGCCUUAAAAGGACCAAUAGGAGUGACUAUCAGGAACAUGGGGGUAACCAAUAUAGCCAAAGCCUACGAGAUAACCUGCAGGGAAAAGAACUUGGGCACCCUGGAGGAGGUAGAAGUGGAAGCAAAAGGGCAAGUUUUGACAGAGCCGCAGGGCAAAGAGGUUAAAGAAACUCCGAAACAGGAGCCAGGAAGGCAAGAUAACUCAGUACCCGAGUCGCAGACUGGCACUUGGGCUCAGUAUCGACCAGACAGUUUUAACCAGGGUGAAACUUCCAACUACUCAAGACCAUAUCGUAACUACCAGAACAGGAACGAUAAUAGGAAUGAUAAUUGGAAUAAUAAUAGGAACUAUGGGCAAAAUAAUCGAGAUAGGCAGUGGUAUGGAAACAACAGGUAUAACAACAGGCCUAGAGAGGGUCAGCGAGCAAUCCAGGCGGCUGGAGAUGCAGAGGGUAGUGGCCAGACAAGGAUGUCUAGGAAUUCGAACUAUUCCGGGCAAUCGUAUAAUUCCAACAAUUCAAGGCAGUCGAAUAAUUCGGCCAAUACAAGACGGUCGUAUAAUUCGACAAAUAACGCAGAGAGAGGGGGAAAUCAGCCGGCAACCAGUGGCCAGUUGCAUAACAUUCAAGAAGACGAUGUGGUCAAGGACCAUGACAGCGGAGAAGAGGUUCGAGAUCCGGACAUUACAAGGAGACGAACCGGUAGCACAAAUCAGCUUAGGCCCUGCUAA